AUGCAUUCUCUUCUCUCUUUCUUUGUCUCUUCUACUCUACUGGCACUGGCCAACGGUCAUGCUGUCAUUCUCAACGCCCAGGGCGAGGAUGGCUCUCCUGCCAGUGUGGGCUUUCAAGUGGACCCCGAGAUCGCCCGCAACUGCACAACCAUCAACCCUUGCCAGCAAGACGCGACCCUGAUUCGCGACGCCGAGAUUCAAGCCAAUGUCGUCAACCAGUGCGGCCGAACCGAGCUGUCCGGUAACAUCGACGUUGGUGAGAACACAGAGAAUGCUCUCUCUGCCGGCGCUGUUACCCAGGUCCGAGCUGGUAGUGAGAUUACUGUGACCAUCCAUCAGGUCAAUGCAGACGGUGCUGGCCCUUACGUCUGUGAUCUCGAUGAGAGCAGCAAUGCCAACCAGAUCUCCCAAAACUUGACUGUUUUGAACAACGUCCCUGGCUCCAAUGGUCUGUCUCAAGCCAAGGAACAGCAAUUCAACAUCACUGUCGUGAUGCCUGAUGACCUGAACUGUUUCGGAGCUUCAACUGGCAAUAUCUGCACCGUCCGCUGCCGUAAUAAUGCUCUUGCUGGUCCCUUCGGUGGUUGCUUCGCCGUCCAACAAAUCGACACCGAGGAAAAGACCAACAGCCCGCAACAAAUCACAACUGCGAAGACUCUGAAGGAGGUCACGGAUCAGGUUGCACAGAACCAAGCCGACUUCCCUGAUGCUGUCGAGGCGAACCAGAACGCGGGUUCCGACGACGCGGAGCAGAACCGCGCGGCUGUCGAUGCUCUUCUGGGCAACACAAUUGUGACUUCGGCUUUCCCUCAGGAGACGCCUACUGUUUCUCUUGGACGUCAGCCUGAUGCUACGCAAACUCCUGACGCCGGCAACGGUGGUAACAACAAUGGCAACAACGGCAACAACAACGGAAACGGAAACAAUGGCAAUGGCAAUGACAACAACAACGGCAAUGAUAACGGAACUGGCAACAACGGAAACAACAAUGGCAACAACAAUGGUAACAACGGAAACGGAAACGGGAACAACAACGGUGACAACGCCACCGGCAACGAUGGAAAUGCCAAUAACGGCAACACCGGCAACGACGCCGCCAACGGAGGAACCAACGGCGGUACUGACAACAACAACAACGGCGGCAACGGAAACCGCUUCGGAGGCAACCGAGGUGGCCGAUUCGGCGGCUUUGGAAAGCGAGCCCUUUCUCAGAUGCGAUGGGCCAGGCGCAACUACCUUUCCGGUGAUGAACAUUAG